CGUACACCAAAGUGUCAGAGCCCGUGCUCCAGACCCAGUUCCUGGACCUGCCCUGGAAAAGAAGUAUCCAGUAGAGAUGAGCUCACUGCAGUUACUUAAUUAAAAAUUUGUAAGCUGCAAAAAUGGCAAUGGGCCAACCAAGAACAGCUACAAUUUGAAUUUUUCUAUUUCCAGAAAAUGCUUGGACAGAAGAGAUGAGUACUAUUUCCACUAAGGCCUAGAAUUGCCUACUGUACAAGUAGUCCUGAUCAGGCAAUAUACGAAUGGCCCAAGGAAGCCACCAAAUUGAUUUUCAGGUUUUACAUGACCUGCGACAAAAAUUCCCUGAAGUACCUGAAGUUGUUGUGUCCAGGUGCAUGUUACAGAAUAAUAAUAACCUGGAUGCCUGCUGUGCUGUUCUCUCUCAGGAGAGUACAAGGUAUCUUUAUGGAGAAGGAGACUUGAAUUUUUCAGAUGAUUCUGGAAUUUCUGGUCUACGCAAUCACAUGACUUCUCUCAACUUGGACUUGCAGUCACAGAAUGUUUACCACCAUGGAAGAGAAGGAAAUAGAAUGAAUGGAAGCAGAACUCUAACGCACAGCAUUAGUGAUGGACAACUUCAAGGUGGUCAGUCCAAUAAUGAACUAUUUCAGCAGGAGCCACAGACAGCACCAGCUCAAGUUCCUCAAGGCUUUAAUGUUUUUGGAAUGUCCAGUAGUUCUGGUGCUUCAAAUUCAACACCACAUCUUGGAUUUCACUUAGGCAGCAAAGGAACAUCUAACCUUUCUCAACAAACUCCCAGAUUUAAUCCUAUUAUGGUAACUUUAGCCCCAAAUAUCCAGACUGGUCGUAAUACUCCUACAUCUUUGCACAUACAUGGUGUACCUCCACCUGUUCUAAACAGUCCACAGGGAAAUUCCAUCUAUAUAAGGCCUUACAUUACAACUCCUAGUGGUACAGCUCGACAGACACAGCAGCAUUCUGGCUGGGUAUCUCAGUUUAAUCCCAUGAACCCUCAGCAAGUCUAUCAACCUUCACAGCCUGGUCCCUGGACUACUUAUCCUGCCUCUAAUCCUCUGUCACAUACCUCAACCCAACAGGCAAAUCAGCAAGGCCACCAGACCUCUCACGUCUACAUGCCCAUCAGUUCACCUACUACUCCACAACCACCAACAGUUCAUUCAUCUGGUAGCUCACAGUCUUCUGCCCAUAGCCAAUAUAACAUUCAGAAUAUUUCAACAGGACCUCGGAAAAACCAGAUUGAAAUCAAACUUGAACCCCCGCAAAGAAACAAUUCUUCAAAAUUGCGUUCUUCUGGACCUCGAACCUCCAGCAGUUCCUCUUCAGUCAACAGCCAAACCUUAAAUAGAAAUCAACCCACUGUUUACAUAGCUGCCAGUCCCCCAAAUACUGAUGAGCUAAUGUCCCGUAGUCAACCUAAGGUGUAUAUUUCAGCUAAUGCCACCACAGGAGAUGAACAGGUCAUGCGGAAUCAGCCCACACUCUUCAUAUCCACAAACUCUGGAGCAUCUGCUGCCUCCAGGAAUAUGUCUGGCCAAGUGAGCAUGGGUCCUGCCUUUAUUCAUCACCACCCUCCCAAAAGUCGAGCAAUAGGCAAUAACUCUGCAACAUCUCCUCGCGUGGUAGUCACUCAACCCAAUACAAAAUACACUUUUAAAAUUACAGUGUCUCCCAACAAACCCCCUGCGGUUUCACCAGGUGUGGUGUCCCCUACCUUUGAACUUACAAAUCUUCUAAACCAUCCUGAUCACUAUGUAGAAACAGAGAAUAUUCAGCACCUCACGGACCCUUCUUUGGCACAUGUGGAUAGAAUAAAUGAAGCACGGAAAUUGAGUAUGGGAUCUGAUGACGCUGCCUACACACAAGCUCUAUUGGUACACCAGAAGGCCAGAAUGGAACGACUUCAAAGAGAACUUGAGAUUCAGAAGAAAAAGUUGGAUAAACUAAAAUCUGAGGUCAAUGAAAUGGAAAAUAAUCUAACUCGAAGGCGCCUGAAAAGAUCAAAUUCCAUAUCCCAGAUACCUUCACUCGAAGAAAUGCAGCAGUUAAGAAGUUGUAAUAGACAACUCCAGAUUGACAUUGACUGCUUAACCAAAGAAAUUGAUCUUUUUCAAGCCCGAGGACCACAUUUUAAUCCCAGCGCUAUUCAUAACUUUUAUGACAAUAUUGGAUUUGUAGGUCCUGUGCCACCAAAACCCAAAGAUCAAAGGUCCACCAUCAAAACACCAAAGACUCAAGACACAGAAGAUGAUGAGGGAGCUCAGUGGAAUUGUACUGCCUGUACUUUUUUGAACCAUCCAGCCUUAAUCCGCUGUGAACAGUGUGAAAUGCCAAGGCAUUUCUGAGCCAAAAGGCCCUAUAUCUUCCCUAAAACCACAUCUGAUGUUCAAGAAACUAGUCUGUCAUCAGGGAAAAGUUUCACUGCUACAGAGGGUUUUGUCAAAUUGAAGGUGUGACGAGAUGGUGGUGUGCUAAUGUUAGAUGUCAGCCCCCAGAGCUAAUAAUACCUCAGUAUAAUGUCAUGGGCAAUUGAAAUUCAUCACAUGAAAAGUAAUCUGCCAGAAGACUUGGGUGCCCGCUGCCUAACCAUGUACAGUGUUACCAGUAUCCCUUAUGGAUAAUUCUCGUUAUGUAAAUGUCUAGGUGUUCCCAGUACCUUUUCCCCUCAUGUCACUACUGAAUUUUGACAGGAGGAAGGAAUAGAGUGAUAGCUUUUUUAUCUGUAAAGCUUUCAGUGAAACACUACAUACACGAAGAAAAGGAACAAGGUUUAACUAUUUAAAAACUGUUUGCUGCUGCAUAGUGCCAUUGGAUAGGGGAAGAAGUUCACACAUCUGUGGUACUCUUGGCCUUGUCUUUGUCUUCCCUGAAAACGUCUCCACUCUGUGAAGCCAGCAUCUAGGGGCUAAAGAUGCAAAGGAAAGCAGCACGCAUCGUCUGUACAAACACGCAGUGAAAUACCCAGAGCUUUUCCUACUGUACAGAUCUCUGAGUCUGCUUUAAGUGAUUUCUUUUCUUCUUUAUUAUUUUCUUAUAUUUCUAUGUGUAUAGUGUAAUAGCCUUUUGUUAACUAAUUUUCUUUUUUCCUUUAGUGAUUAAGCACGAUCAUGUCCCUUUUUAAGCCUUACCUGAGAGAAGCAAUGCCUUAAAAUAAAAAAGCAUUAAUGAGAUGAAACUAUGCACAGAAUAAUUUUCUCUACUCAUUCUGUACUUUGCCCUCGUGAAUGCCAGUGUUCUGUGAAGACAUACAGAUGCAGCACAGUGAGUCACAGACACUCUCAUAGGAAUUGUCUGCAAGUCACAGUGUAUACUGACGUUAGCAGUGUGGAGGCGACGCAACGCAGUGUUUUGUCUUCCACAAGGAAGACAAAAGGUACUUUUAACCCACUGACAGAACAACAGGGUUAAACUUGCUGCAUCUGCUGGUGGCCUACAGAACUUUCACAAGAGAUUGAUUAUUGGGAAAGUAUAGUUUCAAAACCAGCAAUAGCGGCAAUAUCUACAGCCCUUUUUUGGAGAGAAAUUUAAAUGCUUUACUGUCAGGGCAAUCCAUUUCUACACCUGACUUGGUGGCAGUAUCCUAUGUAUUUAUGAAACAAGGAGAGUCAUAUUUAGGACAACUGAAGAAAAGCUGGAAAAAAAGAAAAACAAGCAAACUUGAACACUGAAGCAACCUCAAGCAUCUCUUUAUUUUGAUGAUAUAUUUUUGUAAGGAAAAUAAAUAUUCAGAUGAUCAGGAAUGUAUAUAACUAAAUGGAAUCAAGAAAAAGAAAUAACAGUAUGCAUUGGAAAAGAUGGAAUUAUGAAAUUAUAUCAGUACUUAGAAUGGGGCUAAGGGAAGUGCUGAAAUAUAGCAAAAGAUAGAAGAUGAUGUAGACUGUCACCCACUGUAAAUGUUUGCAAGUGGCUAUAUUUUAUUACAGGAUUAUUACAGGUGAUCUCUAUGAAUGUCAAAGCCUUGACUUUCAGGCUUUGCGUUUUGUAUAUGGGAAGAAAUAUGACAAUCCUAGUUAAUUAGACAAUAGACCCAAAGCCCUUACAUUUGAUGCAUUUUGUUUUAAAAAUAGGCCUUGUUUUUCAGCUUCAUCUGCAGUUCUAUGUGAAGAUUGAUACAUCAGUUUUUACUUGUUUUAUUAAUAAAACGUAAUUUGGAUAUCUUGAGUUGAUGGUUUUGUGAUUUAGCUGGGUAUCUUUGUAACAGAUAAGUUAUUUAUAAAAAUUAAAAAACUUAUAUUCUAAUGUG